AUGUGCGCAUAUGCCACUCCAGCGUCCUCGACAUCGACGCCCGUGGUAUCGACUCGCCGGUCGCUUUUGGCGCGAUUGACGUCGCCGUUGAAGAGUCGGACGAGGAACCUCACAGAUUUUCACAUCCGCGCCGACGAGCCACAUCGUCAGUAUUCGCCGGGAGAUGUGGUGACGGGCGCCGUCGUCCUGACGAUUGUUAAACCUGUUCGAAUCACGCACAUCACCGUCCGACUCCAUGGAACGGUGCGAGUUUUCAAGAAUCCAAACGAUGCCAACGAGCCGGUAGUCGUGGAUGCCGAAUUGGCGGCCGCGGGCGACCCCAGAAAGACACAAUACUUUGGAAAUGGCCAUGCUUCUUUGUUCAACGAUGAAGUCACCCUGUGUGGGGAGGGUCGUUUGGAGACGGGUAUUUACGAGUUCAAAUUCGAGUUGGAAUUCCCUAGGAAGGGCCUUCCGACCAGUAUUGAUUUCGAGAGGGGAACGAUAUCAUAUUUAAUUACAGCUACUGUGACGCGUCCAACGUCUAUCGCUGCGACGUCGAGUUGCGAUCAGAAAAUCAACCUUGUAGAGACUGUCGAUAUUGGACCCAUGAUGGCACCAAAACCGCGAACAAUAUCCCUAGAGCCCAUAGCGCGACGGCCGAGAAGGAGGAAAACCGUAAAGGCCAAGGAAGGAAGUCCUCAGGAAGUGACCGAUCCAAGUUCUAGCAGUGAGCAGGCACGUACGGCGAGUUCGCCGCGACCGGAAGAAUCCGCAAGUCAAUGUGGUUCGACGGAUCACACUGCGAACCCACGAAGUCCAGCCUCAAGUGAGGUACAAAGCGUACACAGCGCAGCAACAAGUGCGGAUAGUGCUGUGAGUAGCAGUACGGGUUUGAGCUUUCAACUUGGACCGGUACCACCAUCAGCGCGAUCAGCGAAAGGAAGCCAAACAACGAAUAGCAAAGUUUCAAUUGCGGAAAAGACUAUUACUGCGACGAUUGAAUGUUUGAAAGCCGGUUGUCUACCUGGUGAUAAUAUUCCACUGAAGAUUUCCAUCAAACACUGCAAAGCUAUGAAAAGCAUGCACGGGGUAAUCAUAACUCUGUACCGGCAAGGAAGAAUCGACUCUGCCCCGCCAUUAUCUCUUUUCAAGGACAUCAAGGGCAAGCAAGCGGAACGUUUGAAACAUGAAGAAUACUAUCCGAAAUCAAAAACUGGUUUAGGUGGACUGUCGCUGACAUCGGCGGGGUCAAGCAGUGUAUUCCGCAAAGAUCUCGCUCAAACAUUCGCUCCAAUAUUUGUUGACCCCGUUAGUCUGUCGACUGUCAUCAACGCGUCAGUUCGCGUCCCUGAAGAUGCUUUUACGACAAUCACCGGUGUUCCCGGGCAAAUGAUUACGUUUAAAUACUUGAUUGAAGUUGUAGUGGACCUAGGAGGUAAGCUUGCUGGUCUACAGCGACAUGCUCCUAGAGCAGGUGCAGUGGCAACAUAUGCUGGGAAUUCCACAGGACCUCGAGGCGAUGCUAAUAUGUUGGCGGCGUGGGGCUCAAAUAUUGUUGACACUGAUCACAUUCGACGAGAAAAAAGUGUUGUCUCGUGUCUCUUUGAAGUUGUGGUUGGAUCGACAGACAGUGCUCGAAAGCGAGGAAGGGGGAAUAGUUCGGCUCAGAGAACGGUCAAUGAAUGGAACGUGGAAUCCCCAAAGUCACCUACCAGAGUCGACCCUAUUUACGAAGAAUCAGCUGGACCUCAUGGUCCUGUAGAAGGGCAUCAAAACAACCAAGAGCCAUAUCCAUAUCACGAACAUCCUUACGAUGAAGAAUUUCCGGAUUACUACGCAAAUCCUGAAUACGAUUAUAAUCAUCAUCCUCAUUAUCCACACGAACCCCCAGCGCAUUCUCAGAUACAUGUACCUCCACCAGAAAUCCAAAAUGAAGAGGGGUUAAGCGAGAAAGAAAGGGCGAGAAGAGCUGAACAACGUUUACUCCCAAGUCAACCACCAGCCGAAACCACAAACGAAGAAUCUUCCUCCUCAAGAACCAUCAACGGUCCUUCAGCACCUUCAGCGCCGCCUUCCCAUCCUCUCGACUCCGUCGACGACAUCUACGACGCCGAACCUCAACUUCCAAAUUCCGCACCUAGCGCUCCUCCACCUCACGACCUCCUACCUAGUGCGCCUCCACCGGUCCUAGCUCCUUCCGCACCACCACCAGAGGACCUCACCCAAUUAACCCCCUCACAUCCUACAGAUGAUAAACAAGAGCUGGAACGCCAACGAUUGCUUAUUGAAGCUAGUGCGCCCGCGGACCAUGUUCCUGAUGAUGAUAAUGCUGGCGAGGGCAGUAGUAGUUUGCCGCAUGAACCGUCGGCGCCGGUGCUGGGCGAGGUUGAUGGGGAUGGGGAUAGAUUUGGGGGGGUCAAUGGGUUUGCGGUUGGGGAUGGGGCGGGUGCGAGGGGUGGGGAGAUGUUGCCUAGAUAUGAGAGGUGA